AUGUUGGAUUUCUUUUAUAUUCUCACCAAAGGCGGCUUCGUCCUUUGGUGUGUACCAUCAUCAGCUACGGAAUUUAUCAAAACCAUCAACGAUGCCAUCGAUAAAGCCGUCUUACAAGGUCAAGGUGCCGGACAAAAGUGGGUAGCACAAUUAACUUCACACCAUAUCCAUUAUAAACUGGAUAAUGAAUUCGAACUGGUCUUCGUGCUUGGCUAUCAAAAGACAUUGAAUAUAUCAUACGCGGAUAAAUUCUUGGAUGAAAUACAAAAACGUUUUCGCGAUCUAUACAAAGAUGAUUUACGAACAGGAAAUUUCACUCGAGCAUUUGCGUUUCGUGAGGUUUAUGAAAAAUCACUCAAGGAAACGGAAGAUGCUGAAGAUGAAAUGAAGAAAAUACGACGCUUACCACGUUCGUACGAAGAGUCUGAUAAGAAGCUCAAAACAGUUAAAAUAGUAACGAAGAAAGGCGAUAAGGCCGCAGAUGAAAAUAAACCGAAAAAACCUAAAGUAAUGAAAUCAUCAAGUAAACCAUCGGUUGUAUCUAAUCAAAAAGCACCAGUUCUCGAAGAAGAGGAAGAAGAAGAAGAAGAAGAAGAUGCGAAAGAAGAACAGAAUGUCGAAGAUCAGGAUGAAAAUAAAGGACAGGAAGAUAAAUCGGAUGAAGUCGUUAGCGAUGAUGCAAUGAUGAAUGAAGAUGAACGAAACCGUCUUCCGUUAGAACCAGUCCAACCAACAGCGUUAUCCAACGUACAGAAAUUGCAAGCACUUGGAAAACUACCAGGACCUCGUUCGAAAGGAGCAGCUGCAACGAAAACUCCAGGCAAGCAAGAAAAAGAUAAACCUAAAGGAAAGAAAAUGGCAGUAUCUUUGAAACCAAAUAUAAGCGACACUAAUGAACUGGAUUAUACAAAGAAAGGAGAUAUCAAGAAAGAAGAACCAGAACGAACCACUGUUGCAGCACCACUUGCUGCUCGACCUGAGGGAGGUGAUUUGAAAACAAUGGCUGUGGAGUCGACGGGUCUUGCAUCCGGUUUGGUCGAUGGUUUCUGGUCGAAACUGAAGAAAGUCAAUGUUUUUGCUUCGAAAACAUUGACGGCUGAAGAUUUACGUACUGGUAUCGAAACAAUGCGCGAACAUCUCAUUGCUAAGAAUGUCGCUGCUGAUGUUGCUGAGAAGAUUUGUGAAUCAGUGACUGAUAAAUUGGCUGGAAAAACAUUGGGUUCUUUUGAAAGUUUAACAUCCAAUAUUCGUCAAGCUAUGCGAGAAACCUUAAUGAUGAUUUUAACUCCAAAACGACGUAUUGAUAUUCUUCGAGACGUGGUCGAUGCUCAAAAAGCACGUCGACCGUACGUAAUCACAUUUUGUGGUGUCAAUGGUGUUGGUAAAUCAACGAAUUUAGCUAAGGUUACAUAUUGGCUUAGUGGCAACAAUUUACGAGUUUUAAUUGCUGGUUGCGAUACAUUCCGUGCUGGUGCGAUUGAACAAUUAUUAACACAUGUUCGUCAUUUGAAUAAUAUUUUUACCGAAAAAAAUAUGCCUAUGAUCGAAUUAUACCAACGUGGUUAUGGAAAAGAUGCAGCUGGUAUUGCUGCUGAGGCAAUUAACUAUGCCAAAGACAAAAAAUUCGACGUUGUUCUAAUCGAUACUGCUGGUCGUAUGCAAAAUGAUGAACCAUUAAUGGCUGCAUUAGCCAAAUUAAUUCAUGUUAACAAUCCUGAUUUGGUUCUAUUCGUGGGUGAAGCUCUCGUUGGAAAUGAAGCUGUUGAUCAAGUCACAAAAUUUAAUCAAGCACUUAUAGAUCACGCUGGUUUACAAACCAAUCCACGUGUUAUCGAUGGUAUUGUUUUGACAAAAUUCGAUACAAUUGAUGAUAAAGUUGGCGCAGCUAUUUCAAUGACUUAUACUACUGACAAACCCAUUGUUUUUGUCGGAAUUGGACAGAAAUAUCAGGAUCUUAAAACUAUCAAUGCUGAUGUUGUUACCGAAGCUCUUUUAAAAUAA